UAAAGAUGGCUGCCGUAGAAAAGGUUCGAAUCUUGGUCGUUGGUGAUUCAGGCGUUGGGAAAACCUCUUUGGUACACUUGAUUUGCCACGAAGAAAGCAUAUCCAGCCCAGCAUGGACCAUAGGUUGUACCGUCGAAGUCAAACUUUACGAUUACAAAGAAGGAAUGCCUGGAAACAAGACUUUCUUCCUUGAGUUUUAUGACAUCGGUGGUUCGGCCAACCACGAAAUGAGCCGCUCCAUCUUUUAUCACUCCGUUAAUGGAUUAAUCCUUGUCCACGAUUUAACGAAUAAAAAAUCCUUCACUAACCUUCGUAGAUGGCUGAGGGAAGUUUUAAAUUCCAGUAAUUCGAGUAGUUCGAGUACUAAACCAAGUGAUAGUUGGUUUGGAAGCGACUUCGUAGAAGACUUCGACCCUGAACAGUUCGCUGGAAAUCAAAUUCCUGUUCUUGUUGUGGGAACGAAGCUAGAUCAAGCUGGCUCAUCUAGGAUCUCUAAUUCUACACGAGGCAUGAACCUAGUGGACGAAAUUGGCGCUGAUGUUAUCAAUAUCAACUGUAAUGAUUUAACUCAACUCAGGCCAGGACACGUAAACUCUAAAAAGCUGAGAAAUUUCUUUGAUAAAGUGAUCGAGAGAAGAUUUCACACGAGAGACACGUCGCAGAGUUUAUUUGCAUAUCAAGAUGGACCAAAAUUUUACCAGGAAAGAGGAUCCAAAAGAAAACAGUUCCUAAUAUAGGAUAAUUAUACAACUACACUGGCUUAUUAUUCAUGAAGACUAGGAGAAAAAAAUAAUAUAUUAAUAGAAAAGUAUCUUUCACACCAGAGUAAUACUCAGCUUUGGCCCAACUAUUAUAAAGACAUUACUUACGAUUGACUGCAAAUGAAUGCAGUUAGAGUGAUUUUACUUGGCCCUUGAAACCAAGUCGUAUAAUUAGUGAAUAAGGCUCAGGUCAAACAUCAAACUUCGCAUGAGCCGAACCUAAUUGAAACAAUUAUGGAUAACAAGGUCUUCUUUGUUAAUGUCAUUAGGUUUGGCUCAUGUGAAGUUUGACCUUAGUCUAACAGUCAAUUACAACAAAAGCAAACAAUAGAAUAAGUGUCAACUACAACGUAUUAUGGUUAACAUUUCCACGGGCCAAGUAAAAUCACUCUAACAUGAUGAAUAGGUUAGUAGGGUAGGUUUGAGUCAAUGGUUCAAUCUCUUAUUUUCUUGUUUUUGGGACUUCAUUCUUUCUCCUUCACUUUGUGGGGACGGGAGGGGGACAGAAAAUGUACUCUUGCAUUUCUGUAGAGUCAAGGUCACAUACAGCUAUAUUUGAUGGUGGUGGUAGAGUGCAAACCAUAUAUCUGUGAAAUAACACAAAAAGUAAAUAGCACUCAAUACAUCUUUUACUUUUGUUUUCAAUUAUUGUUUCAUUGGUGCUAUUUUGUACUAUUUAGUUAGUACUAUUUCAUGGAUAGAGUAAAGGCAUUUAAUCUGUGAAAUAAAAAGUACUAGUCACAAUGUAAUAGUCAAAUAGACACAAAAGAAAA